AUGGCAGAGGGCCAGGCCCAGCCCGAGGUGUUCACGGACACGGCGACAGACCAUGCUUCACACAAGUGGACGAUCUAUUUGCGCCAUGCCAAGAACGAAGACCUCGCGCACCUGGUGUCCAAGGUCACAUUUGGCCUGCACUCUUCCUUUGCUAAUCCAAACCGGGAUGUGGAGUACCAGCCCUUCGAGUUGACCGAGGUUGGGUGGGGCGAAUUUGACAUCACCAUCAAGGUGCACUUCCGAGAGGAUGUCAGGGAAGGACCUGUGGAGCUGUACCAUCACCUCACCCUGUACGACGCCAGCGGGAGCAACAACGCCAAGCGUCCGGUGGUGCACGAAGUUUAUGAUGAGAUCGUGCUGUGGGAGCCGCCGGAGGAGGUGCAUCGCCGCCUGGCCGCCCACACCCCCGCCCCCGCCCCGCAGUCCCAGCUGGCCCAGUUCCACACCCAGUUCAACCCGGACUACGAGUACCGCCGGCUGCAGCACGCUCGGCAGCGGGUGGCGGCCAUCACCAACAAUGUGAAGGUACAGCUGGCGGCACUGGAAAGCGCGGCCUAG